AUGAGCCUUCCAGCUAUGAUAACUGGAAAAGCGAAAGGAAAAUAUGGCAAAGGUUGCAUAGAUAUGUUGGAUGAAGAUUUGGUGGCGGAGGUUACAGGAUUACAGAAGGAAGGCACCAAAUUUUACAAAGAUUGCAAGUUCUCGGUGGAAGCUACCAAGAAUUUCCCUAAAAGUGAUGAAGAAAGGGCUCAGCUCGCUAAGAAGGACAAUGUGUCCUACUACCUCCCUCAUCAGGGUAAAGCUAGGGCUAAUAGGGAAGAUUCUUUGGUGGAAAAUGCCCACAUUUCUGAGGCUAAAGAAGACACGAAAGAGAAUUUUGGUUCAGAGGAGGAACAGGGGAAGGAGGUAGAUGAUAAGGCCGAGAGUGAGCAGAAGAAAGAGGCUGAGGGUGAGGAAGAGAAGGUGCAGAGAAAAGAGUAUGUUGAAGAACUAGAAGCAAAUAAUAACCCUUAUGUCUCAGAUAAUAGGAAUGAUGCUCAGCACAGUACGGAGGAGGGAAACCCUAGGUUUGUGGUCUUUGCUCCGGUUAUGGAGAACGCGGAUUCCAUUUUGAAUGCUGCCAGAAACAGUACUCUAGAAAUGUUCAAUUUCCAGAAAUGGGCCUUGAAGAAAUUUAUGGAGCAUAGUCUUAAGGUUUUGAAGGUGUCAUCUCAAAACAUGAAUGAUUUUGUUGCUUGUCUGGAGAAGAACAAGCAGAACAAAGAGAUGGUGAUCAUUGAUGAUGUGCCGGCCACCAGUUCUACUCCUCACUCCUCCAGACGCAAAACAAGGCAAACUACCAGUGAACUGGAGAUGAAGACUAAAGACACCCAUCAGAUGCAGGAAAACAAAGACCUGAAAGAAGUAGCUAAUGCUAUGAUGAUGUUAGUUAAGGACACAAAAGAGUCUAUACAGAUUUUCAUCUGA